GGUGGUGUCCCACAACCUGAUGUAAAUAAAAAUAUUAAAGGAGGUGGGAGGGGUAACCGGAAGUAAUACCCCAAUGUGGUAGCUGUGCGCGCGCUGGGUGAGGGCGGAGACGCGGAGAAGUUUGACAACAACUGGAGCUCGUCCUUGGAAAGCAGAAUGUCACCGCGACUUUGUUGCGCCCUUUAAACCCGAACCUGGACGGAGAGUCGGAGCUCGAGCCAUGCUGAGUGUCCUGGCGCGAGCUGCGUCAAGGGCUGUGCCCACGCUCUUAGCAAGGCCAGUGGUAAUUGUGCAGAUCCGUGAUCACUCUCAGGCUCAUCAGGAUGGUCUGCCCAAGCUGCCCGUGCCACCGCUCAGACAGACCUGUGAACGUUAUCUGGCAGUACUCGAACCACUCGUGUCUGAGGAGGAGAUGAGCCACACACGCCAGCUGAUGGCUGAGUUCCUAUCCUCUGGUGGUGUCGGGGAAAGGCUACAAAAAGGACUCGAGAGACGAGCACGCAAAACUGAGAACUGGCUCUCUGAUUGGUGGAUGCAGUCAACGUACCUGGACUCGCGUAUGCCCAUUCCAGUGUACACCAGCCCUGGCGUGGUUCUGCCUCAGAUGCACUUCCAGGACCGCCAGGGACAGAUGAGGUUUGCUGCCAAACUGAUUGCUGGAGUUUUGGACUUCAAACAAAUGCUUGACAGUGAAACUCUACCAGUUGAGUAUUUGGGAGGAAAGCCAUUGUGCAUGGACCAGUAUUACCAGGUGCUGUCCUCAUGCCGAAUACCAGGACCGAAGAAAGACACUGUGGUGAACCACGCUAUUGGAAAGACGGCACCAACUCACAUCACGGUGGUUCACAAUUUUCAGUUUUUUGUUCUGGACGUAUACAAUAGCGACGGCACGCCACUGACGGUCGAUCAGCUCUACAUGCAGUUGGAGAAGAUCUGGAACUCAUCUUUACAGACCAAUAAAGAGCCUAUUGGUAUACUCACGUCUAAUCACCGCAACACCUGGGGCAAAGCCUACAACAACCUCAUCAAGGACAAAACAAAUAAAGAGUCAGUACGGGCGAUCCAGAAGAGCAUCUUCUUAGUGUGCCUGGAUGCCCCCAUGCCGCGUGUAUCGGACGAGCUCUACUACAGUAAAGUGGCGGCACAGAUGCUGCAUGGAGGGGGAAGCCGCUGGAACAGUGGGAACCGCUGGUUUGACAAAACACUACAGUUUAUAGUGGGCGAGGAUGGAUCAUGUGGACUAACGUACGAGCACGCUCCUGCUGAAGGACCUCCCAUUGUGUUCCUAGUGGACCAUGUGGUGGAAUACAUGAAGAAAACCGAGAUGGUGCGAACUCCUAUGAUUCCUCUCCCCAUGCCAGAGAAGCUGCGCUUUAACAUCACACCUGAAAUCAAAAAGGACAUUGAGAAAGCCAAACAGAACAUGAACAUAAUGGUGCAUGACCUGGACGUGCGGGUGCUCAACUUCUCUCAUUAUGGGAGGAAAUACCUCAAGUCAUGCAAAACGAGUCCAGACGCCUUCAUCCAAAUGGCCCUCCAGCUGGCAUAUUACAGGUUCUACAACGUUUGCUGCCCUACAUGUGAGAGCGCCUCCCUGCGCAUGUUUAAACUGGGCAGAACUGAGGCCAUCCGCUCCACCUCCACCGAGUCACUGAAAUUCGUGCAAGCCAUGGAUGACGAGUCUAAACAGAAUGCAGAGAAACUGGCCCUUCUGGAGAAGGCCAUUAAUGCCCAUCGAGAUUACACUCGCAUGGCCAUUCACGGCCAGGCAAUAGACAGACAUCUGCUGGGGCUGAAGAUGCAAGGCAUCGAGGAUCUGACUUCUCUCCCAGACAUCUUCAUGGAUACGUCCUAUGCUGUGGCCAUGCAUUUCAACCUCUUCACCAGCCAAGUCGGCUCAAAGACGGACUGUUAUAUGUGUAUCGGGCCCAUGGAGCCAGACGGUUAUGGCGUCUGCUACAACCCAAUGGACGACCACAUCAAUGUUGCAGUGACUGCCUUCAACAGCUGCGAAGAAACGAACGCCAGCAAACUAACACGGUUUCUCAAGGAGGCACUUCUGGACAUGAAGGCUCUCCUGGAGAAGACGGCUAAGCCGUGCGAGUGAGGCUGCUUUACAGGGGGAAUGAAACAGAUGCAAGCAAAGAGGACCAGAGUGAAUACUUGUGAAUCUGGGAGGGAAAAAAAAACAGAAGAAGGAAGAAGACAUAUUUUUCUAUACCUGCGUAUUUCCUCAGGCAGAACUUGAACAUGCAGACGCAGACAGUUCUAUGGCCCCUAUUUCUUUGCAUCGCCAUGACUAUUGUUUCUCCCACAACAUUUUAAUAAGGAUCUCUGAUGCGGGUGGAAAAAAAGCACCUUUAUGUUGCAAUAUGUUUGUGGUACUUCAGUAUUUUUGUUGGCUGCUGUUUACUUGUUGCUGUUUACUGAUAUGUAUGAAGGUUUGCUGUAUUCCAUACCAAACCUGGGUUUUCUGCUCUACUGAAGCACUUAGAAAGUCUCCUGUAUGUGUGUAUCUAUAGCUACAUAUUUAUUGAGAGAAAUAUACAUUUGGACAUAGUACACCUGGAACAUUUAUGUUCUUUUUUUUUUUUUUUUUUUUUUUUAAGUAUUUGCGGGGGAAAAAAGGGAAAAAUGUCCAGAUGUCUCUGGAAAAGAUUUUCCAAUUCGGUUAAAAGCAUUACAUCACUCUUUGGAAAAUGAUGUUGCACAUAACGGAAAAAAAAUAAUUAUUUAUUUUAACAUUUAAGAUAGUAUAUAUAUUAUAUAUGAUGUUAUUAGUUAUCUACGGGAUGUAAUGAGCAAUGUUUCCUCUUAUAUCUACUCAACAGUCAGGAGAAAAAGUUUUGUGCACUCAUCAAGACGAGUGUUCAGUGAUACUACAAUCAAAAUUUCACUGAAAAUAACACCUGUUGUAGUGAAUUCUUCUUAAAUCAAAUAAAUCAAUGUGCUUAAAUUUCA